AUGAGCAAGGCCCACUCUCCCGAACUGAAGAAAUUUAUAGACAAGAAAUUAUCAUUGAAGUUAAAUGGUGGCAGACAUGUACAAGAAAUACUUCGGGGCUUUGAUCCCUUUAUGAAUCUUGUCACUGAUGAGUGUGUGAAGAUGGCAACUAGUGGGCAACAGAAUAACAUUGGCAUGCUGGUCGUAUGA